UCUCUAACUAAUCCUUUCGUGUUUCAUUUCGUUUCUUUGUGGUGUUUUGUAUUUUUACAAAUAAAUUGUAAUUGUACAUUUUGUGUUACUUUAUAAGGUUGUUUAUUUUAUAAGAGAAGAGAAAAUGGCAGAUUUUCUAGAGUCCGAGGCAGAGGAAAGCGACGUUGAUUCUGAGGAAGACGAGGGACCAACAGAACGUAAAAAGCCAAAGCGUAAAGCAGCGGUUCAAAGCGACGAUGAGGAUGAAGAGGAAGAAGACGACGAAGAACGCCUCCGGGAGGAGUUAAAGGAUUUGAUAGAUGAUGCCCCAAUAGAAGACUCUGGAAGCGAUGGAGAGGACUCAGAUGCUAGUGCAGGACCUAAAAAAAGAAAGAAAAGUGACGAUGAAUUAGAUGAUAGACUGGAAGAUGAAGAUUAUGAUCUCAUAGAAGAAAAUUUAGGUGUUAAAGUAGCAAGGAACAAAUUCAAGCGUCUCCGACGUCUGGAGGAUGAUGACAGUGACAAUGAAGGUGCCGAUGACCCCGAGUUGGAGAGAGAGGUCAUUGCUGAAAAGUUGUUUGUUGGCGGAUCAGAUGAUGAAGAUGAAAAUCGUUCAGAGCCUGCGCCAGCCAGGGGAGAUGUGGAAUAUGAUGAUGAGAAUGAAGACAUGGAGUCGGAUGCUGAUGAUUUCAUUGUUGAUGAUGAUGGGCGGCCCAUAGCAGAGCGUAAGAAGAAACGAAAGCCUAUAUUCACAGAUGCAUCUCUACAAGAGGGUCAAGACAUUUUUGGCGUAGACUUUGAUUACGAUGAAUUUGAGAAGUACGGCGAGGAGGACUAUGAGGAUGAAGACGAUGAAGAUCUUGACGAGUACAUUGAGGAAGAAGAUGAAGAAGGCGAUAGAAGGCGAGCUAAGAAGGGUAAAGCAAAGAGGCCUAGCAAGAAGUCUAUAUUCGAAAUUUAUGAGCCAAGUGAGCUCAAGAGGAGCCACUUUACUGACUUGGACAAUGAGAUCCGUAAAACGGACGUGCCCGAGAGGAUGCAAAUCCGCGAAGUUCCCAUCACGCCGGUGGAAGAGGGCAGCACUGAGCUGGCGGACGAGGCCGAGUGGAUCUACAAGCAGGCGUUCCUCAAGCCACCGGUGUCCAAAGCUGACUCGCAGGAAGCCAGGGAGAGGUCCCGCAGAGGUUCGAGCACAAUAACUAAGAUUCGCCAAGCGUUGGACUUCAUGAGGAACCAGACUUUGGAAGUCCCGUUCAUAGCAUUCUACCGCAAGGAGUACGUUCAGCCUGAGCUCAAUAUCAACGACUUGUGGAAGGUGUACAAGUAUGAUGCCAAGUGGUGUCAACUGAAACAGCGCAAAGAGAAUCUGCUGAAACUACUGGAGAACAUGAGGGAUUACCAAUUGGACAAGGUGAUGCAAAACCCCGAUGCGCCCAUUCCAGAGAACAUGAGACUGAUCAGAGACGAGGAUAUUGAGAGGUUGAAGAGUGUCCAAACACCGGAGGAACUCCGCGACGUUCACACUCACUUCCUGCUCUACUACUCCGGAGACCUUCCCGAGAUGCAGAAAGUGCAGCGGGCCAAGGAGAAGAAGAAAGAGUUAGAGGAGAAGAAGAAAUUGGCUCGCGAGGAAGCGGAGAAGAACGGUGAAGAUCCCGAGGAAGCCGCUGCGGAGGUGGAAGCUCGCGCCACCGAGGAAGAGGAGCCCACUGACGUCAAAUACGCCGUGAGAUCGGGCCGAUACGAGCUGUGUAGGAAAGCGGGCAUCGAACCUUUGGUGAAGAAGUUCGGUCUGACCCCCGAGCAGUUCGCGGAGAACGUCCGAGACAACUACCAGCGACACGAGGUGGAACAGCAGCCCGUGCCGCCCUUGGAGGCAGCCGCUGAAUAUAUGAGCAAGACCGGUUCGUGCGAGGAGGUGGUGCGGCGCGCGGUGUACAUGUGCGGCGUGCAGCUGGCGCACGAGCCGCAGCUGCGCGCGUCGCUGCGGGACGCGCUGCGCGAGCGCGCCACGCUGCGCGUGCGCCCCACGCCGCGCGGCCUCAAGGAGAUCGACGAGAACCACCCCUGCUUCAGUCUAAAAUACUUGAAGAAGAAACCUGUCCGCGACCUGACCGGCGACCAGUAUCUGAAACUGACUAUGGCGGUAGAAGACAAACUGCUGGAAAUGAGCAUCAGCGAGAACAUAGAGGGCAACACCGGCCCCAGCUACCUGGAGGAGCUCAAACAACUUUAUCAGAAGGACGAGUUCGCGUCAACUGUUCAAGCCUGGAACGAGUUGAGGGCUGAAGCGGUGACCAUAGCGCUCACCAAGUUUGUGAUGCCCGAGCUGAGGAGGGAACUCAAUGCUGUGCUGCUGCAGGAGUCUAAGGAAUAUGUACUCAAAUGCUGCCGGCGAAAACUGUACGACUGGCUGAAGGUGGCGCCUUACGAGUCACGUGUCUCCGACGACGAUGACGAGGAAUGGGACGCUUCGAAUGGUCUCCGCGUGCUGUCCAUCGCGUACGUGCCCGACCGCCAGCACUCCGCGUUCGCGUGCGUGAUAGCGGGCGGCGGCGAAGUGGCCGACCACCUGCGGCUGCCCCACCUGCUGUGCCGCCGCAACGCCUGGGACGCCGCCGAGCGGCAGAACAAGCAGGCCGACCUCACCGCGCUCAGGAGGUUUAUACUCCGCAAGAAACCGCACGUGAUCGUUAUAGGCGGCGAGUCGCGCGAGGCUCUGAACGUUAAAGCGGACGUGUCGGAGUGUGUUCAACAACUGGUAGAAGACGAGCAGUUCCCGAGAAUACCGAUUGAGAUCGCCGACAACCAUAUCAGUAAAAUAUAUAGCAACAGCAUCCGAGGCAGGAAUGACUUCAGAGAAUACCCGGACAUCCUCCGCCAGGCGAUCUGCCAGGGCCGGUUACUACAGGACCCUCUUAUGGAAAUCUCACAACUCUGCGGCCCUGACGAAGAAAUAUUAUGCUUCAGAUACCACCCGCUCCAAGACCAGAUAGCCAAAGAAGAUCUCCUUGAAGGCAUCGAGCUGGAAUUCGUCAACAGAAUCAACGAAGUCGGUGUAGACAUGAACGAAGCUAUACUAACAGGACGCGGAACAGAGUUACUGCAAUUCGUCUGCGGCUUGGGACCUCGCAAAGCUCAAGCGCUGAUAAAACUCUUCAAACAGACCAAUCAGAAACUCGAGAACCGAACGCAGCUGGUGACUGUCUGCCAUAUGGGGCCGAAAGUCUUCAUCAACUGCUCAGGGUUUAUUAAGAUCGACACGAGCAGCCUAGGAGAUAGUACAGAAGCGUACAUUGAAGUUCUAGACGGUUCCAGAGUCCACCCUGAGACAUAUGAAUGGGCGAGGAAGAUGGCCGUUGACGCGUUAGAGUAUGAAGACGAAGACGCGAAUCCGGCCGGCGCCGUCGAAGAGAUCCUUGAAGCGCCAGAGAGAUUAAAAGACUUAGAUUUGGACGCUUUCGCUGAAGAAUUAGAGCGACAAGGCUUCGGAAAUAAAUGUAUAACGCUGUACGAUAUUAGAGCUGAAUUGAACUCUAGGUAUAAAGACCUAAGGGUGCCUUAUCGCUCGCCUACUCAUGAAGAGAUGUUUGAUAUUCUAACCAAAGAAUCGCCUGAGACGUUCUACGUUGGCAAGAUGGUGCUGGCUACGGUGGUGGGGAUCACACACAGGAAGCCGCAGAAGGAGAUGCUGGACCAGGCCAAUCCUGUGAGGAAUGACGAGACCGGGCUGUGGGAGUGUCCUUUCUGUCAUAAGAAUGAUUUCCCUGAGUUGUCAGAGGUAUGGAAUCACUUCGACGCCGGCGCGUGCCCGGGGCAGGCGACCGGGGUUCGAAUCCGGCUGGACAACGGCCUGUCCGGGUACAUCCACAUCAAGAACCUCUCCGACCGACACGUCGCGGACCCCACGGAGCGCGUGCGCAUCGGCCAGACUGUUCACUGCAGGAUACUGAAGAUAGAUGUGGAAAGAUUCUCAGUAGAUUGUUCGUCGAAAUCCUCAGAUUUGCUGGAUAAAAAUAAAGAGUGGAGGCCACCAAAAGACCCGUACUACGACCAAGAAUCCGAGGAUAAGGACGUUCGGAAAGACGUCGAGGCCAAACAGACUAAGGAACGGAUGCAAUACGUGAAGCGGGUUAUAGUUCAUCCCGCCUUCCACAAUAUAUCGUUUGCGGAGGCCGAGAAGUUGAUGGAGAACAUGGUGCAAGGAGAAGUUAUUGUCCGGCCGAGCAGUAAGGGUUCUGAUCACCUGACCGUGACGUGGAAGGUGGCCGACGGAAUCUGCCAACACAUUGACGUUCGGGAAGAGGGGAAAGAGAAUGCUUUCUCGUUAGGUCGAAGUCUCUGGAUACAGGGUUCGGAGUUCGAAGACUUGGAUGAAAUCAUCGCUCGUCACGUGACCCCGAUGGCGGGACACGCCCGGGACCUGAUCGCAUAUAAAUAUUACAAACCUUUAGGCGGCAUGCGAGACAAGGCGGAGGAGUGGCUCAAGGAGGAGAAGGCGAAGAACCCUAACAAAAUUCACUACGUCAUAUCCGCAGCGAAAAACCACCCCGGCAGGUUCCUGCUAUCGUACUUGCCUCGCAGUCGGUGCACCCACGAGUACGUCACAGUGAUGCCGGACGGGUACAAAUUCAGGCAGAGGAUGUUCGACUCGCUCGGCGGGCUGCUCAAGUGGUUCAAGGAGCACUUCCGAGAUCCGCCGCCCAGCGGCACGCCGGCGCAGAGGACGCCGGCCGCGCGCACGCCGCACGGGCUGUCGGCGCUGUACCACACGCCGGCCGCGCACACGCCCGCCUUCCACACGCCCGCGCACACGCCCGCGCCCAACUACGUCAACACGCCCUACACGCCGUCCGCGCAGACGCCCUACAUGACGCCGUUCGCCAGCACGCCGCGCGCGCCCGACUUCCUGCCGCCGCGCCCCGCCGCGCGCGCCGCGCCCUACGCGGACCCCUCCGACUGGCAGAAGGCGGCCGAGGACUGGGUGCGGCACCGCUCCGUGCGCGACACGCCCUCCUCGGACAUCUCCACCCCGCGGCACGCCGGCCGCACGCCCAGGGCCGACUCCAGGGCGACGCCGCGCCACGACUCGCGCUCGACGCCGCGCCACGAGCCGCGCUCCACGCCGCACCCCCCGCACCCCCCGCACACGCCGCGCACGCCGCACAGCUCGGGGCGGGCGUCCCGGGCGCACUCGGUGCGCUCCACCCCGCACACCAACACGUCCCCGCGGUCCAUGUCCCUCGGAGACGCGACGCCGCUCUACGACGAGAACUGAACGUUUGAAAAACACGCGGUUAAAAAGUUCUCAUAGCAAUAAGUACUUCAAAUCUAAUUUGUAUCUACCCGAUAUAUUUGUUGUGCCUAUACGUGACUAUGCCAAUUAUGAAUUAUUUAUUGAAUUAUAUAAACAGCUUAUGCUUUUUCGCAAAUGAAUUGUGAAUCGAUUGGCUGGAUAAUGCCAUAAGUGAAGUUCCAAUUGACAUCAGAAUAAAAUUUUCGCUACUCUUUUGUUCUUCUACUUUAACAUUUCUCAUUCAUUUUAAAUUUGUAUACAUAUCUAUUAAGUGUGUUUCUUGUAAAAAAAAUAUUCGCUUCUGUGAAAAUUAUGAAAUGUACAUAAGGUACUUUAUUUUAUUAUAUCUACCAUUGACGUAGGAAGAUUUCUAUAUCCAUGUACGCUAUGAGUUUGCUCGCUAUAUUCGCUAGCGAUAGCAAUUUAUUUGUAAGUACCUGUUAUAAGAAAUGCUAAAGAUGAGUAACUUAUAACUAAUUUUAAACUUUCGCGUUGAAUUGUACUAUUUAUAAAUACUAUAAAUAUUGAAACGCGCACGUAAUGGACCUUUAUUUUAUCUUGGACUUUUCGAAUUAUGUUAAGGUGCAUACGAAUAGUAUAAUAACUUACGCAUAAUACAUCUUUCGAUCGUCAUUGCCUGUUCGGAAACAUAUAAAAUGCGCAAAAAAGCACAUUCGCUGCUAGUAUUAACUUUGUGAUAAAGAUUUAAAGAUGCACAAAUGUAGAUUUUUAAACAGCAUACAUCCAUCCCUCUGAUGUAUGGUUGGUGAUUAAUUAAUAUGUACUGAAGUAUAUAUUAAAAUAUAAGUAGUAUUUAUAAAUAGUAUGAGUAACUUAUGUUUUUAAUUUUUGUUUCCUAUAUAAAAUUUGCUAGUCGCUGGCGUAUGUAAAAGACUUGAUAUUGAGGUCCCGGUUGUACCGAAACUGGCAACAAGCCUUAGGAAUGGUUAGUGAGGUCGGUUUUAUAGUUUGUUCACAACUGUUCUGUAAUGAAAAUAAAUAAUUAUGAUAAGCCGA